CGGUUGCUUCCAGAUACUUCGCCGGCUUCUUUCUCCGGUCGAUAUUUCUCGACCUCCAUUGUGGAAUCCGCCAUCUCCCUCCGAUGUGAACUAGGUGCCAAUACUUCAUUUCUCUGUUUGACUUGUUUAUAUUUUCUUCAAGAUAAUCGGACAUUGACAAACCGUGAAGCGCACGCUACACCUUUUUUGCGGCCGUUAAACCCUUGAUCACCGGAGAACCGAUGGUUAUGGCGAACUUACUAUGGAAGUCUCCAUCGCUGAUCCUUCCCUCAGAACCUACAGAACGAUCCAGGUUUCGAUUUGGAAAGUCUUAUUAUACACCUCCAUCUUCCUCCUUCACACUUUCUCCGUCUCGCCUUGUGCCUUAUAUGCAUGCUGUUGAACCGAUAUCUGCACUUAUUAAGGGAAAUUCAGGUUUUGUUGGCAACAUGAAUAGGAUUGAUUGCUCUGGCUUCAAUUCGUUUUUGUUUUGGGACGACGAUCAGAACGACAAUAAGUUAAAAUGUAAUUGGAGGAAGGCGGAUGCUGCAGCAGAUACAGAAGAGGACACACAAUCGAAAAGAACAAAUAUCCAUAGAAGUAAAAGGAAAACUGGGAGUAAACUCCCCGCAAAGCUUUAUGCAAUUGUAGUUGGAGCUUCUUUUUGUGUCGUAUUGGGGCUAUGUUCUCGCAGGCUCCCGACGCCACAUCCUUCACGCUGUGUGGAUGUUCCAUAUUCUGAUUUGGUUGGCGGCAUACAAGAGGGGAGUGUAACAAGGGUUCAGUUUGUGGAGAAUUCCCGUAAAAUAUACUUCAAUACGAGAACGAAAUCUAUAGGAGAUCAAACCGUUGAAGCUCCAAGAACUGUUUGGCUAGCAAGACGAUUAGUUGGGCCUAGUAAAAUAUUUUUUCCCAAAUGGCAGUAUCAUACAAGAAAUGUCGAAGAUGAUAAAUAUGAGCUCCUUCGGUUGCUAAAAGAAAAGGGGAUCAUGUAUGGAUCAAAGCGUGCACUUCUUUCUGAACCAAUGAGGAAUUUCUUGUUUAUUUUCUUUCAAGUUGCCCCUUUCUGGAUCAUGGUGUUGCUUACUUGUUAUCAGCUCAGUGUUCAACAUGAUCUUGGGAAAUUAACAAAGAGAAAGCCGAGUAAGAAGCAGUCGGUAACAUUCGAUGAUGUAAAGGGCGUUGAUGCUGCCAAAGCAGAACUUCUAGAGAUUGUCUUGUGCAUGAAAGGAGACAAAAGAUACAUGAAACUCGGGGCAAAACUACCGAGAGGUGUGUUAUUAUCAGGUCCUCCAGGAACAGGGAAAACAUUGCUGGCCCGUGCUGUGGCCGGAGAAGCUGGGGUGUCGUUUUUCUCCAUUUCCGCUAGUGAAUUGGUGGAGGUUUUUGUCGGUAGAGGAGCUGCUCGUGUUAGAGAUCUUUUUCGUGAGGCGAGGAAGAAUUCACCAUCUAUCAUCUUCAUUGAUGAGAUAGAUGCCGUUGGGGGCCAACGUGGGAGAACAUUGAAUUGUGAACGUGAUCAGACGCUAAACCAACUUUUGACAAAUAUGGAUGGGUUCGAGAAAGAGGAAAGCGUGGUGGUUAUCGCUGCUACGAACCGACCCGAAACGCUGGAUUCAGCUCUGAUGAGACCGGGCCGGUUCUCGAGGAAAGUUCGUGUGGAUGAGCCAAAUGAAAGUGGUCGGAAAGACAUCUUUGAACUGUACUUGAGGGAUGUCCCAAUGGAGGACAAUAAUAAGGAAGCCGUUUGCAAGAUUGUUGCAUCGCUCACUCCAGGGUUCGUAGGGGCCGAUCUCGAAAACAUAGCCCGAGAGUCCGUUCUCCUUGCUGGUAGAAGAGGUGGCGAAUUUGUGACGGAAGACGAUAUACUUGAAGCUGUUAAUAGAGCCAGAGGUGAAGUUCAUGAUUAUGCUACACCAUUUUCAUUCCGACCAACACCUGAAGAUCGUGUGCAGAUGGGGUUUGGAUUUUCGAAUUGAUGGAGUUGGAUUUGUAUUUAUAUAUUAAUAUUUUUAUUGUUUUUUUCUUUUUUGGAUGUUUUAAUUCGAAUUAUUAU